AUGGCGGAGGAGAAGACUGACGUGGAGGGAACGCUGUUUGUUUACACAAGAUCAGCUUCUCCAAGGCAUGGCUUCACAAUUAUGAACAGACUGAGCAUGGAAAAUCGAACAGAACCUAUUACUAAAGACCUCGAUUUCCAGCUGCAGGACCCUUUUCUACUGUACAGAAAUGCCAGAUUGUCCAUAUAUGGGAUUUGGUUUUAUGAUAAGGAAGAAUGCCAAAGAAUUGCAGAGCUCAUGAAAAACCUAACUCAGCAGGAACAAUUCAAAGCGCAGCAGGGCACGGGAACAGGAGUGUCCCCAAUGAUCAUGAAUUCUGCUAAUAACAAAGAAGUGGAUAUCUUACGGAUGCUUACCAAGGCCAAAGAUGAGUAUACCAAGUGUAAGACCUGCUCAGAGCCAAAACAAAUAACCAGUUCCUCUGCAAUCUAUAACAACCCCAACCUAAUCAAACCAAUUCCAGUGAAGCCUAGUGAAAAUCAGCAUCAACGAAUAUCUCAGCAAAGCAAGAAUGUGGAUCCUGAACCACAGCACUUGUCUUUGACGGCGCUGUUUGGAAAACAGGAAAAGCCAGAUGUCUCAGAACCACUUAAUAAACAGCAUCAAGAGAAUCUUCCUGUUAGGCAGGGUGUGGUACGUUCACUGUCCUACGAAGAACCUAGCAGCCAUUCGCCCUCUGCAGAGAAACAGCUUUGCCCCGCCAUUCAGAAGCUUAUGGUGCGUGGGACAGACCUUCAUCCACUUGCUGAGUUUCCCGAGAACCGACUCUGUGAAAAUGGCAAUAUCCACCCUGUGGGUGAGACUUUCACAGGACUCUUCCAACCUGUGACUUCUCAUGGUAUUGCAACGUCUCAUGUAGUUCAGGAUACUGCUGGCACUCAGAGCUUAUUACAGAAAUUACAGGGUCAGUCAGGGUCAGUGACUAAAAUGGACCCCAGCGCAACAGGAUCUGUGAACUCGACAGCUUCUGUGUUCAGCGGGACUCCUGCUGCUGUUGGAGCACCAGCAGCACCGGUAAACAAUAUGAGCCAGCCACCUUUGGUAUAUUUCAAUGGUUCCCUACCAGGCCAGACUUUAGAGUCUCAGACACUUGGUAAAGAACAAUCCAAACUUCCUAGACAGCCACUUUCUCUCUCUGGCAAUCAAGCAGCCAAUUCUGGGGUGAUUUCACCUCAAGAGUUAUUGAAAAAACUCCAGAUAGUCCAACAAGAACAACAGUUGCAUGUAUCCAGCAGACCAACCUUGGCAGCUAAGUUUCCUGUUGUUACUCAGAAUACCAAUACACUGAAACCACUGGAUUCCUGGAUAGAAAAGGCACCGGGUACAGAAAAACAGAGCUCUCUCUUUCAGUUAUCCCCCCCCCACCGCUUCCCUGCCACUGUGACUCCUACCUUGUUGAUGUCCCCAAUGGUGUUCACUCAGUCCACACCUGCUCCACCAAAAGCAAAUGAAAGUGGGCGAUUAACAGCAGCAAACCAAGAACCUGCUGCUAGCUCAGCUAGCCUUCUCCUGCCACUGCAAACCCCAGAGCCAUCUGUGGUCAACAGCAGUUCAAUGACGAAGAUGCAGCUGCAGGAAACACUUCUGCACCUGAUCCAGAAUGAUGACAACUUCUUAAAUAUUAUUUAUGAAGCAUAUCUCUUCAGUGUGAGAAAGGCAGCAAUGAAGAAGUCUGUGUGA